CUCGGUCCGCGAGCAGGCUGUGAGUUUUGUAGCCGGCAUGGCCGAUCCUGCCUCCCGUUACCCUUGCUCCUCCAUCGAGGACGACUUCAACUAUGGCAGCAACGUGGCGUCUGCCAGCGUGCACAUCCGAAUGGCCUUUCUCAGAAAAGUCUACAGCAUCCUUUCUCUUCAAGUUCUCUUAACUACAAUGACAUCUACACUUUGUUUAUACUUUGAGUCUAUACGGACAUUUGUACAUGAAAGUCCUGCCUUAAUUCUGGUGUUUGCCCUUGGAUCCCUGGGCUUUAUUUUCGCAUUGACUUUAAACAGACAUAAGCAUCCUCUUAACCUGUACCUGCUUUUUGGAUUUACACUCAUGGAAGCUCUGACUGUGGCUUUUGUUGUGACCUUAUAUGAUGUAUAUAUUAUUCUGCAAGCUUUUAUAUUGACUACAGCAGUAUUUCUUGGUUUGACUGUAUAUACUCUGCAAUCUAAGAGAGACUUCAGCAAAUUUGGAGCAGGACUAUUUGCUGCUUUGUGGAUUUUGUGCCUGUCAGGAAUCUUGAGGUUAUUUUUUUAUAGUGAGACAAUGGAAUUGGUCAUGGCUGCUGGUGGAGCCCUUCUUUUCUGCGGAUUCAUCAUCUAUGACACACACUCACUGAUGCAUAGACUGUCACCUGAAGAGUAUGUCUUAGCUGCCAUCAACCUCUACUUGGAUAUCAUCAAUCUAUUCCUGCACCUGUUGCGCUUUUUGGAGGCAGUUAAUAAAAAGUGAUGGAAAGGAGCAUAUUGACUCAUUAAAUAAUAAAGUUGAGAUAUAAUUAAUAAAUGCUUAUAUGACCUUACUUGUAUGCUCUGUACUUCUGAGAUACUACUUUGGCAUAAUACAAUAGUAAUAUAUUUAUAUGUUUGCACUUGUCAGAAAAGUAGAUCUAGUAAAAUAAAAAUAGUUCUUAUUCUAGCAUUUGCCCUUCUUCCGUAGCCAGUCAACAGCGUCAGGUUGAGCCUGAUGUAAAGUUUCGAGACCUCCUUCGAAUCUGGAGAGGUGGCAGUCGUUGACUAUGUGGGUCAUAGUCUGUCUGUAGCUGCAGGGGCAGUUUGGGUCGUCUCUGGCUCCCCAGCGAUGGAACAUAGCAGCGCACCGGCCAUGGCCUGUUCGAUAGCGAUGGAGGAGGGCCCAAUCAUAACGUGCUAGGUCAAAGCCGGGUUGACGCUUGCAGGGGUCUGUGAUGAGGUGUAUGUUCUUUACCUCAGCUGACUGCCAACUCUGUUUCCAAGAGUCUGGAACAGAGAAGUUCAGUGUAGGCGUAGGGGACCAGAUUGGGUGAUGAGACGUCAAGCGUUGGACAGGGUGGGCGAAGAUCUUCGCGUAUAUUGGCAGGUCCGGUCGAGCGUAGACGUGGGAAAUGAACUCAGAUGAUGCCGCAUCCCGAUGAAUAUCUGGCGGGGCGAUGUUGCUAAGAACUGGCAGCCAUGGAACCGGGGUGGAACGGAUGGUUCCAGAAAUUAUCCUCAUGGAGGAAUAUAAUUUGGAAUCGACCAAGUGGACAUGGGGGCCACGGAACCAUACUGGGGCACAGUAUUCUGCAGUGGAAUAGCAUAAUGCCAGAGAUGAUGAUCGUAGUGUGGAAGCGCUCGCGCCCCAUGAGGAGCUGGCCAGUCUUGCAAUGAUGUUAUUCCUCGCGCCCACCUUUGCUGCAGUUUCCAUGAGAUGUUCAUGAAAUGACAGGGUGCGAUCGAGAGUAACGCCAAGAUAGACUGGCUGGGCUUCAUGCCGGAUUCUCGUAUCGCCAAGUUGCAUAUUAAGCUCACGCGAGGCCGAGGCAUGGUGUAGAUGGAAAACAGAUGAUACCGUUUUUGCAGUGCUAGGGAUUAGUCGCCAUUUUUUACAGUAAUCAGAUAUCAGAGACAUGUCUUUCGUGAGUGUUUCCUCGAGGAUGUCGAACUUGGAUGCCUGAGUUGCACAGCAGAUGUCAUCGGCGUAGAUGAACUUCCUUGAAGAAGUUUCUGGGAGGUCAUUGAUGUAAAUAUUAAAUAGCGUAGGAGCCAGAACAGAGCCCUGGGGGAGGCCACUUGAGACAGGUCUCCCUCUGCUAGACUUGUCACCCAGAUACACCCGGAAUCUUCUGUUUUGUUUUCUUUGUAUUUUUACUCACAUAAUAGUAAUUGUGUGUAGUAUUAUACACUUCCAUGUAACACAAUGUAAUGAGGGUAUCAAAUGUAUGAAUAGUCUAUACUACAUGUAUAGAAUAGUCCUUACUAAUUUUUAUGAUGUCUAAUUUCUGUGCCCUUAUUUUAAAAUCUCAGAAGUCAUAAAACUUUCUAAAUGCUAAA